AAGCGUCACCUGACCCUGACCUAACACUGACUGCACUGAGGGAAGAGAGGACAGAACCGCAGACAGAUAGACACUCUAAAUAAAUAAAUAAACGAACGAGUGAAUUAAAUACACAAUUAUUUCCAACAUCUCCAUCUUCAUAUAGUAGCCUAUUCCGCGUCCUUGGAUUGGUGCGCCGGUCAGUGUUGGCUACUGCCACAGGGGGAAGAGGCGCAACUGCUGUAGACAAAGAGAGAAGGGCAACGCGCCUAUCAGACAUUCCUGAUCAGAAAAAAAGAUCCGGUAGGAAUAUUUUAACCCACGAGCCGACAAGGACACUGUGCGUCAUUACUACAAAACGGUUAUUUUGAAAGCUCUACAUUCUACCCGUGCAUUUACCUCCUCCGGUUUACCGUUUUACGUGGGGAGUGGAAACACUUGACCGUCAAUUCGAUGUUCCUGCAAAACGGAUAAGAGAAUAUUCUGUGGAUUUCUGAUGAAGUUUGGACAUUUGGCCAAAUCCAUUCAUUCCGAGGACAAGAAGCGCUGCGCGGUCGCAACGUUUUCGAUCUCCUGGUUGAUUCUUUGUUAGGCCUAUUGCUUUAUUGCUGUGGUGCGAGGAAAUAUAUUCUAUUGCCAGCGUAGUGUUACGUAAGAGUGGCGUUAUCCAAGGUGCUGAACUGGGCGUUAUAACGGGACACAAGGCAAGGGAAGAGAGCAAUCUUGCUGAAAUAAGUUCUUGAGGUGGUCGACUACACGGGGAGAAAAUGUCGGGGCAGACGCUCACGGAUCGUAUUGCCGCUGCGCAGUACCAGUUGACGGGAUCAGAGGUAUCUCGCGCCGUCUGCAAAGCCACCACUCAUGAGGUGAUGGCGCCCAAGAAAAAGCACCUGGAAUAUCUGAUCUCGGCCACCAAUGCGACCAAUGUGAACAUCCCUCAGAUGGCUGACACUCUGUUUGAGAGGGCCACCAACGCCAGCUGGAUUGUCGUCUUCAAGGCCCUCGUCACCACACACCAUAUGUGUGUCCAUGGCAAUGAGAGGUUCAUCCAGUACUUGGCCUCCAGGACCGCUCUGUUCAACCUCAGCAACUUUAUAGACAAAACAGGUUCCAACGGCUAUGACAUGUCUACGUUCAUCAGACGUUAUGGCCGCUACCUCAAUGAGAGGGCCUUCGCCUACCGCCAGAUGGCUUUCGACUUCACCAAAGUCAAAAAGGGUGCUGAGGGGGUGAUGAGGACAAUGACUCCAGAAAAGCUGUUGAAAGGCAUGCCUGUCCUGCAGACCCAGAUCGACACACUGCUGGAGUUUGACGUCCAUCCCAAGGAGCUGAAUAACCCUAUCAUCAACGCAGGGUUCCUGCUGCUCUUCAAGGAUCUGGUCAAGCUGUUUGCCUCCUAUAACGAUGGGGUCAUCAAUCUAUUAGAGAAAUACUUUAAGAUGAAGAAGAGCGACUGCAAGGAGGCCUUGGAGAUCUAUAAGAGGUUCCUGACCAGGGUCACUAAGAUCGGAGAGUUCAUGAAGCUCGCUGAGACUGUCGGAGUGGACAAAAAUGAUAUUCCUGACAUCAACUAUGCUCCCAGCAGCAUCCUGGAGUCUCUGGAGACACACAUGAACAGUUUGGAGGGGAAGAAGGGUGAAGGGUCUCCAACAAAGGGGUCCCCUACCAAUAACGUGUCCCCGACCUCCACCCCCGCCAAAUCUGCAGCCGCCGUGCCCACCCUAGCGCCGCCACCUGAAGAAGCCACCGAUUCUCUCUUAGAUCUGGACCCUCUCUCCUCCUCUGGUCCGUCAGUAGGAGCCUCAGCAGCCCCUACGUCCUGGGGAGACCUCCUUGGAUCAGAUGCAUUUUCGACCCCUGCCACCUCUGAUGCCUCUGCUGAGGGCGGAGCUCCGGCCUCCACGCCAACCCCAGCCGCUGACGCUGCUGCCGACCCCUUUGCCCCCUCUGGUGGUAGCUCAGAAGCAGUAGGCCCAGGGCUGGACCUGUUUGCCAUGAUGCCUAUGGAGAACAACUGCUUUAACUCAGGGGCGCCCCCUUCUGCCCCCUCAUCCACCAUCACAGCACCUAUCACCCCCACCACCCCAUCGAUAGACCUCUUGAGUGCUAUGUUUGAUUCCAUGCCAGAUCCAAGCUUCACCAAAGCAGACCUUGCCCCCAGUGUUGACAUGUUUGGAGCAGAUGCCUUCUCCUCCCCUGCCCUCUCCUCUGCCCCCCCAAUGGACAAGGGGGUGAUCAUGGACCUGUUUGGGGACUCCACUGGUGGAGAGACCAAGCCUGCUGCCCCUCCAGCUGCCUCUGGUGCUGAGCUGAUGGCAGCGUUUGAUGGUCUAGGGGAUGUGUUGAUGCCUUCUAUGACACCCCAGGCCGGGGCAGCCUCGUCUCCAGUCAAACCUAUGGGAGGAGACCUGGACGCCACCAUGGCUAGCAUGGCUAGCAAUCUGGGAAUGGGGAGCCAAAAACCGGGGGAGAACACGAUGGGAGGCUGGUCAACUCCUCAGGUAGCUCCUCCCAGUUGGGGCGCUCCCAUGAACGUUCCAAUGGGGUCCCCUUCUUUUAUGGGGUCUAACCAAGGAUUCAGCAUGGGCGGAGCGGUCGGGGCUGGAGCUCCCAUGAUGCCCAUGGUUAGGCCAGGCUUUGGAGCCCCUGCAACCCCAGGAGCACCGAUGGGAUCUCCAGGGAUGGCCGGGAGUCCGAGGAGGCCUCCGCCCCCCAAGAAUGCCCUGGAUGACCUCAACAUCAAGGACUUCAUGUAAACCCCUCUAACCCUCCAAGAGGUUGUCGUUGUGUCUGGAGCUCUAUGGAUGUGGAUGUGUGCACUCCCCGCCUUCCUGUCACGCCCAAGUCCCUUCAGCCAAUCAGCCAUCAGCAUUACGACCCCUGCCCUCUGACUUCCCCGUAACCCCGCCCUCCCUCUCUGUCUGAUGUUUUAGCACAAACCGUGGAUGUGAAUCAUAAAUACAGAAAACAAAAAUGUGUAUGUGUGUGAGUGUACUUCAAUGUUAUCCUUUACUUAAAUUAAGACAAAAAAUGUAACAUAAAAAAUGAUAUUGUAUUUUGAAUCAUUCUGGUACUCCCUGAAAGAGCUGAGUUGGAAUGUGUUGUUAACCAUGGAGUGUGUUCGGUGUGUGUAAACUUCACUGGCCAAUCCCUGCCCUAUCCCCUCCCUUGCUUUCCAAUCAAAUUCUGUACUGAGCUGUGUUGCUGAGGUUAUUCAACACUUAGUUGUACUUCUCUCCAUUCAUUGAUCCAUCCAGCCUCUUAUACAGUUCUAUGGGUGUAUAUUGAUGAAAAUUGAAAUAUGUAUCAUCACAAAUCUGGGUUUACGAGAUGACGAAUCAUAUGACAACUUCCAUUUUCCAUUCAAUUCAUAUUUGUUUUUAUUUUGUCCGUUUUUUAAAAUUGUGUGUUACAUGCAACAUUUGUUGACUAUGUUCAAAUUGACAUAUGCGUUUUUGAAUAUUUUAAAUGAUAGAUUAUACAUAUAUUUCUUUAGUCUUUAUUUUGAGAGAAAAUGUAUUGUAUAUUUUAAUUAUGUCUAUGAAUUGUAAGAUUGAAAAAAAUGUAAGAAGAUUAAAAAGAUCCUUUCCCUUGUACAGUAUCUCCCUAUCUGUAUUUGAAGGCAGUAUUGAAUGCAAACUCAGUCCCAGUGUUUACUGUUGCACUCCCUGUUGGUGUGAAGUGGUACUGCAUUUAAGCAUGUCAAGUGAAGUUGAUCAUCCAAAUACAUUUAAAAAUCAAAAUAUACUUGUCUCCUUUCCUUAACGGCCAAUUAUCUGAAUUGAAUCGAUAGAUGAAAGGCAGUUGGUGGAAAUAAUGCAGUCCUUACACCUAUCAGUGGUCAUGGAGUGAAUGAGACAAGGAAAUGUUUGUAAACAUUAUUGGGACACUUCCACAAGGUCAUUGUGAUGCAGUGAUCAGUACGGUUGUAUCGUCCCCUGUAGCAACACUCCAGGGGUGUUGCGAACUAAUUGGCUGUAAAGUAUUCAUAUAUACACUGGAUGUUCCAUGUGUCGUUUCUCUUCCAAAGUGACUAUCUUAAUGUGUUGAGAAAGAAAAAGAUACAGAACAUGUAUCAUAUACAAUAAUGUGGAUAACAAUGUUUGCUAUAUAUUUGGUUGAAGGCAGUGUUGUUUGGUUCUUGGAUGGCAUCACUCCUCUCCUCUCCCCCACUUGCAUGUGAGUCCCAUUGAGAUCCAAUAAAAUUCAAAUACACUGAUGUCUUCACUGUUGUCAUUCAUGCUCGAUGUUCAGUCCAUCACACAUUUUUUGGGUAUUCAAUGGUAGGCUUUAAUAUAAAGAAAUACUAAUUAUUUUUAACAAGCUAAAUUUAUAUUUAGGAAAUACUCAAGAAAAGAAACGUUUACAUUUAAUCCAGAUAGCAGAACUAUGAAUCAUGCAGAGAUGGUAAAAAUGAGCACCAAUGGAAUUAAUCUUAGCCCCCCGUAUUACGUGCACAAUGGGCAUUUCUCGGAAGCAACACAUCAAGGCAUAUAAGACUGAAAAACCUGUUAGUGUUUGGAGAGCACCAUAGAAUUUUGAGACCUCAAAAUCAUUUUUUGGCAUUCUGGAUAGGAAUCUGUUUGAUUGACUGGAGCAUGAAAAUCAU